UCCACUUUAGGAAGUUCACUCCUUGGCCAGAAAGUCCAGAAGUCAGUGAGAAAUGAAGGACAGGUUGGAUGAGCUAAUGAGAGCUGCAGAGGCGGAGAGUGCGAACAAAGUGCUUGGUGGAAUUGAUAACCCACUGUUUGAAGAAACAAGGGUCAGCAAAUUUGACCCAUUUUUUAAUGAUGUUUCAGCCAUUUCCUCAAACAUUAACAAGCUGGAAAAGCUGGUUUACGGUAUCCAGAGGAAACAAGCAAAGGUGCUUUGUGGGACUGAAAGUGACAGCAUAUCCAAGGUAAAGCAAAGCCUGAAAGAUGCAAAGUGUGAGUUUACUCGUGAGGCCAAGAACGUGCAGUCACAGCUGGAUGCGAUGAAAUUCGAGCUUUCUCAGAAAGUGAACAAUGCCCAGCUGUCGGUGGAGUACAGAAUCCGGCAGUGCCAGUUUAACACGCUGGCAGCCCGUUAUCGGGACAUCCUGUCUUCUCACUACACGAAAGAAAUAGAGUACGUCAGUAAGUUGAAACAGCAAAUCAUUCGACAGACUCAGCUGGCGGGCUUGCAGCUCCAGGAUGAGGAUAUUGACCAUUUGGUGGAGAAACCUGCAGCCCCACAAAUUGUGGGCCGGGACCUGGAGGUCCUCAAAGCCAAGCAGCAUCUGGCUCUUGCCCACCAGCGCCAGAAACAACUGCUGCUGCUCGAAUCUCAGAUCGCUGAACUUCAUGAGCUCUUCCUUCACUUUGAGAUAUAUUUGAAGUAUUGAGUGCCUAAUGGAUGAAAUGAUCUUAAAGAUAAUGUAUUGGAAGAAAAAUACCUUGGGCUCACUUGAAAGGCAUUUGGAUAUUGCAGUGAAGAGGAAUAUAGUUUUGUAUGGAGGUAUAAUCGAGAUGGUACAAGUGUCAUCUGUACUGUGAUCACAGUCGCUCCUCUGUCAUGGUAUCAGAUGCAAUAGAACUGAUACUUGUGUUAGUAAAAAGUGGACACUGGCAUUUGGGACACUACCUCUUAUUAAUGACUCUGAGUUGAUUUGAAAC